AUGUUUUAUGGACAAUGUCUCCUGUGGAAGGAGAACAGCAAUGAUAGCUCCUCAAUCGUGAUGAUUUCCGAUAUACAUCCUUCAGUGUUCGAAGUGCUCAUAGAGUAUCUUUAUACCGGAAAGUUGGGAAUGCGCAUAUCCGUCAGCGACUCCAUUGAAUUGAUGUACGCUGCUUCUAAAUAUUGCGUGGAUGAUCUCGUGCUCCAUCUAAUUUCCUUAAUCUCCGAACUCAUUACACUUGACAAUGUUCUGACAGUCCUGGAAGCAGCGAUCCUUUUCAACUAUGCAGAGCUGAAGGCAAAGUGCUGGACAUGCAUUGAGUGUGAUACAGAUCACGUUUUUCAUACGGAAAAAUUUGUCCAAUUAGAAAGAAAUGUCCUCCGGGAAAUUAUUCAGCAUGAGCCGCUUAACGUGUCAGAGAUUGAUGUGUACCAUGCUGUAGUCCGAUGGGCAAUUGCACACUGCGAAACUUGUAACGGCGAUGAUGACGUAGAGCCAAACCCUGAAGAUUUGAGGAAAGUAAUUGGUGAAGAAAUUCUCUAUCUUAUUAGAUUUCCCACAAUGCAUCCUGUGAUAUUUUCCGACGGCCCAGCAUCAUCCGGAAUACUAUCGACGACCGAAAUCAAUAAUAUUUUUCUAAAAAAGUUCUCCACGAAAGCUCCGAUUGCUAGUCUUUUCAUCGCUACUCCUAGAAUUCGUAUAGAAACACCGCUAAAUUGUCCUUGUGCACAACAAGCCAACUUCUGCUCAUUCUGCUCAGACCACUCAUCAGAACGGAAGUCAAAAGAAAUCAACAUGUUUUUAAGCCCUAAUUGUUAUUGUCGAUGUCGAAUGAGAAAAUACUGUCCCCGAAGAACAAUUUCACGAUACCUGCAACUCCAACAGAAUAUCUUAUAA